GGAAGCUUCUAUAGGUUUCGUAAUACAUAGAUGGUUGUAAUUAAGGUGGUCAAGAACAAACUUCUCAAACUGAAAACAGAGCAGCCUAGUGAUCUACCACAAGAUGAGGUUAUUUCAAAGUUCAGUUACAGCAGUGGUGAUGGUUUGAAUAGUUCAAAGAAUCGUGUUUUGAAUGUGAAAACAAAAACUGAUUUCAAAGAACAUUUACAACAAAUUGAACUUAGGUUGGAAAGUACUUCUGAUAUAAACACCUGUGUGAACACCUGUUAUGGAAGUCUGUUUUCUGGUUAUGGUGUCUUAAGAAAAGAAGAUUCCUUAAAAGAAGUCACAAAACCCAACAGUGAUGUUUGUGGAGAAACAAAUUUCAAUGAAAAUAACCUAAAAGAAUUUAAUAUAUAUCAGGAUGGUGGUAAACCAUACAAUCAGGUAAUCUGUGGACAAGAUUUUGGAACAGUGGAUACCAUAAUACAACAAAAGAAGAUACACACUGGAGAGAAAUCAUAUACUUAUGUGGUUUGUGGGAGAACUUUUAAAAGAAAUAGUCCCAUCAAAGAACACGCACUGGGGAGACAAUUUAUAGUUGUUUAGUGUGUGGAAAACAAUUUGGAACAAAUAAUGAAUUAAAACUGCAUAAGAGUAUACAGUAUGGAAAAACCGUACAAUUGUGCAGUUUGUCAAAAACAAUUUAUAAAUAAAAGUAACUUAAAAAUACAUCAAAGAAUACAUACAGGGGAGAAACCUUACAGUUGUGCAGUUUGUAGAAAACAAUUUCGAACAAACAGAGAUUUAAAAAUACAUCAAAGAAUACACACUGGGGAGAAACCUUACAGUUGUGCAGUUUGUGGGAAAUGUUUUGGAACAAAUAGUGAAUUAAGAAUACACCAAAGAAUACAUACUGGAGAGAAACCUUACAGUUGUGUAGUUUGUGGGAAACACUUUCGAACAAAUGGUUUGUUAAAAGUACAUCAGAAAAUACAUAAUGGAGAGAAACCUUAUAGUUGUGCAGUAUGUGAAAAACAAUUUGCAACAAAUAAUGACUUAGAGAAACAUCAAAGGAUACACACUGGGGAGAAACCUUACAGUUGUAUGGUGUGUGGGAAACAAUUUGGAACAAAUAGUAACUUAAAAAGGCAUCUGAGAACUCAUACUGUGACAAAACCUUACAGUUGUGAAGUUUGUAAAAAACAGUUUAUAAAUAAUAGUAACUUAAAAGUACAUCAAAGAAUACAUACUGGGGAAAAACCUUACAGUUGUGCUGUUUGUGAAAAACAAUUUCGAACAAAUAGUGAUUUAAAAAAGCAUCAAAGAAUACACACUGGGGAAAAACCUUACAGUUGUGUAGUUUGUGGGAAAUGCUUUGGAACAAAUAGUGAAUUAAGAAUACAUCAAAGAAUACAUACUGGGGAGAAACCUUACACUUGUGUAGUUUGUGAAAAAAAAUUUGGAACCAGUAGUAACUUAAAAACACAUCAAAGUAUACAUACUGGGGAAAAACCUUUCAGCUGUGCGGUUUGUUGCAAAUACUUUAGAACAAGUAAUGAACUAAAAAUACAUCAAAUAAUACAUACUGGAGAGAAACCUUACAGUUGUGUAGUGUGUGGGAAACACUUUCGAACAAAUGGUGUGCUAAAAGUACAUCAGAAAAUACAUGCUGGAGAGAAACUUACAUUUGUCCAGUUUGUGGAAAACAAUUUGCAACAAAUAUUGACAUAAAUAUCAAAGAAUACAUACUGGGGAGAAACAUUACAGUUAUAUUGUGUGUAGAUAACUGGAUCAAAUUUUGCAUUAAAAAAUCAUCUAGGAAUACACACUGAAGAGAAAUCCUACAGUUGUGUUGUGUGUGGGAAAUGCUUUUGAAUAAAUGGUCAGUUAAGAGUGCAUCAGAGAAUACAUACUGGGGAAAAAAAUUUUACUGUUGUGUAGUGUGCAGAAAACAAUUUUUAGGUAACUAACUUAAAAACACAUUAAGAAAUACACGUUUGAGGAAAUUUUACAGUUGUGUAGUGACCACAUUGGAAGGUCUUGAACAGACUGCAGUGGAAAAACCAUGGACAUGAUCACUGCCAGUCAGAAUUGUUUCCCUGGCAAGUAAGACAAUAUGGGUACCUUUUAGAACUGUAAAUUUCCCCUAAAGUUGACCAAGGCUUAUGAUACUUGGAGUCAUAUGGUACUGCAUGUUGAGUUCCUUGAGUAACUAAUCACCUGAGAUCAAUGAAUAAUCAUUAUCGGAUGACCUGCAAACAGGUACCGUCUAAAAACAAAGUCAUUGGUGGCAUCUCCUCCUGUCAUUGGUUGGAAUCACAAAAUGGAGAGGACAACAACUAAUGACUCCAAUGUAACAAGGUGCACCGAAGUUUCCUAUAUCGAUAUGGAGCCUUAGUUUUUCUUUGUCUUUCCUUGUACUUAUCAUAUUUGUUUCAACAAAGGCUUGUCUUAAGAGAAAGAGAACCACUGAAACAGAUAAUGAUCCUGUAGAAGCAACCAUCCACUCAUUUGUGAAUUGGGCAUGGUGCAUUUUGUUUUUUUACUACUAAUAAUAAAGAUUGCGUUCAUUUCUUUCAAA